GAAAGCGAGUUCACGGAUGUAACCGUGCGUAGGAUUGCUGUACCUCGACUUCUACGCCGCCCUAACUAGUGUCUCGGAAUUCUGCGCGGAGCAGUAUUGGACUCGUUUUUGUGCAUACUUCAGAGCUUGCCGUCCCAGUGAAGCUCCCCACCCCCCGAGGAGCCCGAUGGAUCGACCUCCAUUUUAAGUAUAUUUCUGUCAUGGAUUUAGCUAGGUAUUUGGUAGCUGGAAGCGAGAGUGUUAAGUGAUCGGCAGCGGAGCACAGAUGAAGGUGGCGAAUCCGGUUGAGGAGUCAUGGCGAGUACAAUUGAGGGCUAUUUGUACAGUUUCGGUCCGAGUCGACAAGGAGGAGUCUACUGCAUUCAGACAUUCUGCGUCUUGUCAGGCCGCCACUUCUCACAGUGUCGGCACAAAGGAGAUCUGGUCACACUACGAUCCGGAAUCCUCGACGUGGAUCAUCGUGUCGAAGACACAGGCAGACAGAUUGUGAACGACAAGGUUUUGUACACACUACGCCUAUACAAUGUGACUGUGACUGAUGCCAAGAAGGAGGUUCUUGUUGGAGCUCUGAAUAGUGAGGAAAUUGCAGAGUGGCUGAAGGCUUUUACUUCCUCUCUUGGACGGCCAUUUGAAUUUGUCCCGGCUGAGCCAUGUCCUUCCACUAUCAGCCCUGCAUACGCUCAUCUUGGCGAGCAAUUUGUGGGCGAUACAAGUCCAGCAGCGUCACCAAGGCUGGAACCCGAGUCACCCAUGUUUCAUUGGCAGAGAGAGAAAUCUUACGCCAGCUUGACUACCAUUGGCCAUGAAUCGCCAACUCUAGCAAAGAGCUCCAGUUCUCAAAGAUUUACAGAUCUCCAAUCAACAGAUGGUGGGCAGGCGUCAAAAUGGAAGUUAGUGCGCUGUGAAAAUGGAUUGAGAUUCUUUAAGGAAGCUUCGAGCUUUCCUUUUGUAUACAAGUUACCAGUUAUGAAAGCAGUCGGAGUGGUGAAUGCUCCUGCUGAUCAGAUAUUUAAUCUUAUUAUGGACUAUGGACCGGAACGUCAGCAAUGGGAUCACACUCUUGAAUGCGCAUCUGUAAUUGAAGUUAUUGAUGGUCACUCAGAUGUUGUGUACAUUAGACUUCGGCAAGAUUGGGGGUUUUCACGACAAAGAGAUCUCUGCCUAUCCCGUUAUUGGAAACGAGAGGAGAGUGGUGCUUAUUCCGUCUUUUACAGGUCGAUACUUAAACAUCCCCUUCAAGCUGGACUUGUUCGAGCCUAUAUCCAUAGUGGUGGCUACGUUGUUACACCAUUGAAAACUACUGGCGGUGGAAAGCCGCGUACAUUGGUGGAGUCUGUUUUGGAAAUGGAUGCAGCAGGUUGGUCUUCGUUGUUAGGCGCCGGGUUUUCUAGCUACCCUGCUCAGCUUAGAGAUUCCCUUCUGCGGGUUGUCGCAGGCCUACGAGAACAUGUUGCUGCACAAAGAUUCAAUUCUUGUGUCACGAUCAUCAAGCGACAUAUUUUAGAAGAGUACCCAGAAGUGUACCCAGAAGAUUCUUUGCAAGCAGCCAAUCUUGAUUUUUCAGAAGCUGCUGUCAGCAACGUUCCUUUUCUUAGCACAAGUGACGACAUUGAAGAGUUUUUUGAUGCCACAAUGGAUCAGUUUUCGGAUAGCUCCGAGCAGAGUGCGCAUAGCGUGUCUGAGCCAACCCUGCCUAUUGUUGAACAUCACAAGCCGCUCAGGAUCAAAGUUCGAUCAGACCGUGGGAUAUAUGACUUGUCGAAAUUCAGAGGGAAUGUAGUUAGAGGACCUCUGCAAGGUGGUAAACAUUCAUUUUCGGAGCCUGAUAGCAGUGUCUUCCUUCUUCAGGGUAUUAAUUCCCUUUCAACUGGAUCAAGAGUUCCUGCAGGUCAGCCCUUUUGCAAAUUGAUAGGGAUGGAUUGGUUCAAGUCUAAAGACAGAAUAGAUCAUGUAGCAGGAAGAUCUCGAAGCCUUGUUCAGAGGGCGUGCUCAAAGGAAGGCCUUUUUUUCUUUGUCGUCAAUUUGCAGAUUCCCUACACUUCACAUUAUAGCUGGGUCUUCUACUUCGUGACUGAGGAAGAGAUUGUCGAAGGCUCCCUUCUUCAUAGAUUUAUAUCUGGAGAUGAUACCUUUCGAAACAGCAGGCUCUCCCUCAUACCGGCUAUCCCUGAGGGUUCUUGGAUAGUAAGACAAGCCGUUGGAACAAAGUCUGUUCCCUUGGGUCAGAUUGUGGAAGUCAAGUAUCAUGUUGGAUUUAACUAUAUGGAGAUAGACCUAAAUCUUGGAUCCUCAGGGGUGGUCCGAGGAGUUCUGAGCUUAGUUUUUGGUUAUAUAUCUGCCCUCGUCGUAGACAUGGCCUUUUUCAUUAGGGGAGAAACCGCAGAUGAAUUACCAGAGCGGCUUAUCGGUGUUGGACGCUGCUCUCACAUUCAACUGGACAAGGCCGUAGAUCUUUCUGCAACCUAGGGGUCUGUACGAUUGUGCUUGGCAUUAUUCGUGGACUUAUGUUGGUGACCAUGAAAACGUCAUCCCAUCCUAGAGCUCAGCAUACACAAGUAUGUAUGGUUUGUAAAUCAAUUCGAGCUCAUCGACUUGACUCGUACUUGAAGUAACUUACGUAGCGAUCACGCUCCACAUCUACUGCAGAUCCAGCCAGUUUGCCAGCUGAAGCGAACUGCAACCGUUAUUGUUGGAAAUUAGAGGUUUUGUGAAAUUCAUCCUGACUUAACAGUAAUUUGCCACACGAAUUUGUGCAUUUCGGACAUGGGGCAGUCACGAAGUAGCAUCCUCAAGUUCUGAUUCAUUGCAUGCGUGUUUGUAGUCGCUGAAAUUUUUGACGAGUGAUUUUAUUUCAUUGUAAUAUAGCACUGUUGAUCCUGGGUCUCCCUUGCUAUGACUCCUA